CUCUACAUGGCCAACAAAAGCCACAAUAAACCUAAACCAGUAGGUGUUCUGUGCCUGAACUCAGUAGCAUACAGCAGUCGUCGCUUCCGUGUUGCCCAUCGUAUGCCCGCAUGGCUUUGCGCUCCCAUACCGUUUCCUAUGUCAGGCUUUGGCUGUUUAUUCCGCCAUGGAAUUUCCUUUUGGCCUAGAUUUUUUGGAAUACGAGUUUAAUGUUAUCGAGAAUGACCUAAAGGUUAGGGAUGCGUCUAAAGUAGGACCAUUACGGGAUCUGCCCCAUGAUGAGCAACAUAGAUUUGUUCGCUCGUCUUCGAGAGUGCAGGAACGCCUGGGUCUCGUCAUCGAUGCUUUGGGAAAAGCAUCCUCCUUGGCGCAGAGCCUGGCAGCGCCGGUGACCACAAGUGACCGCUUGCGAAACUCGGACCACCGCGUCUACCUUCUCGUCGAGCCAAGCGCUCGGGGUGGCACCGUGCUGGGUCUGCUGAAGGUGGGCUUCAAGCAGCUGUUUCUACGUGAUGGGCACGGCCGACUUUGUCAGGUGCGGCCACUUUGCCUCUUGGACUUCUACGUCCACCAGAGUAGGCAGCGCAAGGGCAACGGGAGGCGGCUCUUUGAUAGAAUGACCCAGACGGAGAAAAUAGCGGCAAACCAGAUAGCCAUUGAUCAGCCCUCGGAGAAGAUGCUGGCCUUCAUGGAGCGCCACUUUAACCUCACCCACCCUCUGCCUCAGAGCAACCACUUUGCUGUUUUUCCUGGCUUCUUUCAAGCAUCUCCAGAGCAGCCCCGCCCUCUUGAACAGCAGGUGUCAUGUGAGAAAAGUAAUGAAGCAACACGCCCAACAAAGGAUUUUAUUACUAAGCCACUCAGGUCCGUGCUCGAGUACGACGUCCACACUCACUGGAUUCAUCUCUGGUUGGCAGCUGCUUGGACUGGCCUAGUUAUGACGAACCUCCUCAGCCAACAACUCGAUCUAGGCAGGUCUAUCGGGGCCGUCAGUCACAGGGCCGCACAUCCGAAGGCCGAAGUUUGUGGUCAACCUCCCGGGAGCAGCUACAGCCACGCUGCUCGACCAAGUGCUCCUGCUCGUGGGGGAUCUUCGGCCUGUCACCGCCCGACCACUGCCGAGCCAGCUGGCACUGAGCCUUCUCCUAUUUAUUUAUUCGCGUAUGUAAUAAAUUCCCCACUGUGAGGGCCGCACCGGUGACUGGCGUUGGCCUAACUAGGAAGCCGCAGCAGCCGCAGCAUGGACGGCAGCAGCAUAAACCAGCCUGCUACGCGAGUGCUGCCGGCCGCCUCGUGCUGCGGCAUUGUGUGUAGCUGCAGUGCUGCGGUCCCGGCGGUGGCUGGCGUGGAGCGGACGCAGGGCGGGCACAGACUGGCAUUGGGGGCGACACAACUGAGCGCCACAACCUGGAGAGGUGCGCGGCAGAUGCAGGUGCCCUGCGAGCUGCAGUAGGCUCCGCGAGGAAGGCACUGCUCGUCGAAGCUGCACGGCCAGCCGAGCAUGGCGGCGUGGCGACACGUGGUGUGGCGGGACGUGAGGCGCACUGGCUGGGCGCCUUCGCAGCGGCAGCGGCCUUGGCGGCACACGGCGCCGCGCGUCAAGCACGGCUCCCGACUGCGGCACGUGUCGCUGAAUAGAGAACCCACGAAGACAGAGUCCGAGCUGAGCUUUCCGUCGGCCACAGCCUGGCAGCGAAGCUCGUAGCGGCCAGAAGCUGUGGGCAGCCGAUCGAGGCGGUGCAGCACUAGUCCAUGUGCGCGCUGCCACAGGUUCUUGCUUACGCGGCCCGUGAAUAUGCUUUCGAGUGCUGCGUCGUCUGGUGGUCUGCCGUUGAUAGUCCAGGCGGUGUGCGCCGCUUGCGUGUACAUUAUGCUACAGCUUAAGUUGACGGCGCCGUCGCGCAGAUACGGUGCCUCUGAAGUGAUGCGCACCCCGCUUAGGGCUGCCUGACCGCUGACUCCGAGUGCGGGCCAUACGAGCAGCACCAGCUUCAGUACCCGCAUGGGCCGCCGGACAUGGCUUUUGCUGGUGUUUCUUUCCUCGAGCGAUGGUGCAUACCCACUAUAGUGGGUAUGCGCCAUCGCUAGUCGGAAGCGCUUAUUGUUAAGGUGCUUGCCUCCUCAGUAACUCGGUGCAACGCACUAACGGAUGUAUGAGUGAUACAGUGGUGCCGAAAAGUAGAAUAAGAAUAAAUUGAAACUAAAUUAAUACUCCAUGCACGGCUCCAGUGAUUAUAACUGUUAGUCUACUCAUAAAUUUUAGUGUGUGA